AUUUAUAUCCUUUACAUUUCAUAUAUAAUAUAUAUAAUAUAUAUAUAUUAAAUGUUCAUCAUCAACUGGUUUUAUGACGUACUUUCAUCUCUUGGUCUUUUGAACAAGAAUGCCAAGAUUCUUUUCUUGGGUCUCGACAAUGCUGGCAAGACUACUCUUUUGCACAUGUUGAAGAACGAUCGCCUGGCUACUCUCCAACCCACUCUCCAUCCUACUUCUGAGGAACUCGCUAUUGGUAACGUAAAGUUCACCACUCAUGAUCUCGGAGGCCACGUCCAAGCACGUAGAUUGUGGCGUGAUUACUUCCCCGACGCGUCUGGUAUCGUCUUCCUUGUCGAUGCUGCUGACCACUCUAGAUUCCAAGAGUCCAAGGCUGAACUUGAUGCUCUGUUGGCUAUUGAACAGCUUUCAAAAAUUCCAUUCCUGGUCCUCGGUAACAAGAUCGAUGCCCCUGGUGCUGUCAGCGAUGAAAUUUUGAGACAGGAGUUGGGUUUGUACCAGACUACUGGCAAGGGUAAGGUCCCAUUGAAGGAUAUCCGCCCCAUUGAGUUGUUUAUGUGCUCUGUGGUUAUGAGACAAGGUUACGGCGAUGGUUUCCGUUGGUUGUCACAAUAUGUAUAAAUAUUCAUUUAUAUUUAUAUAAUUGUGUGGGAAAAAGGCUUAAAAACAAAAAACAAAAAACAAAACAAGAAAAUAAUAGGAGAAGUAAAGGUGAUUUAGUAACAAUUAGUAGUAGUAAUGGUAGUAGUAUUGGUUGUAGCAGGAAAUUGCUGGUGUUCAUUUGUUUGUUAGUUUGUUGGGUGUAUGUGUGUGUUUUUUUUGAUUGUCAUAUUAUUAGUAGUAGUAACUAUUAUGUGACUUUUACUGAUAUUUGCUUUUGUGUGCAUGCUGUUUUUUUUUAUAAAGAAAAAGAAAAGAAAAAAAAAAGAUAUAUAUAUAUAUAUUAUAUAUAUAAAAGAUGUAUACAAAAAGAAAACAACGAAUGUGAAUAUUCUAUACACGCCUUUAAAAAUGUAUUGUUAUUUAAU